AUGGCUCCGAAGGCCAAGGUGCAGCGGCAAAACACCUUGCAGAUUUCCGAGUGGUCGGAAGUGGAGCUUGACAAGCGCGUGCAGACGGUCAUAGCUGGUAAGACAUACCUUGGCACAGUGAGGUUCAGCGGAAAAACGCAGUUUGCAGAAGGACAUUGGAUUGGCAUUGAGUUGGAUGAAGCUGUGGGGAAGAAUGAUGGCUCUGUCCAGGGGAGCCGCUACUUCAGCUGCCCGGCCCAGCAUGGUCUGUUCUGCCGGCCGAACAUCACCCGCCCUACAGCAGAGACUUCAGAGAGUGCAAAUCAGACUGGAGGACUGGUGGACAUCAAGAAGAACAUCAAGGAGAUGCUGACCCUCGCGGAAGACUUGCGUGCCAAGCAAGAGGCCCUGACGUCCAGCGCCAAGCUCCAGUCGGAUGUGUUGGCGCACUUGGAGCACUUGGAACGCCUCGCGCACCUGAAGAUCGCCGAGGCCUCGCACGCGUGGGAGGAGACGUCUUCUGGACUGUCGCAAGAGGCGGAGCAUUUGCAAGUGGGCCAGCGAGUGCACACGCGGAUGCUUAAAGACAGCGCACGAACGCUACAUCUUGGCACGGUGAGGUUCAAUGGAACGACGCACUUUGCUCCGGGACCAUGGAUUGGCAUUGAGCUGGAUGAGCCGGUGGGCCUUGAGGAUGGCUCCGUCCAGGAGCACAGGUAUUUCACCUGCACGGCCAAGCACGGGGUGUUUCACCACCCCGCGGCGGUGUUUCCAGCGCCGGCAGAGCUGGCAGAGAUCCGGGAGUGCAUCAAGGAGCUUCGGACGAAAGCGGAUGCCUUGCAUAAAGAGCAGGAGGCGACCACACCGAGCAGUAAUGGCCUGAUGGAAAAGCUGGAGCUCUUGCAGGAGCAACUGCAACUCUUUGAGCCUGAGGCGUUGGAGCUUGAGCUUGAGCGCGGCAGAGCUGAAGCACACCAGCUCCGAAGACAGCUGGCAGAAGCGAAGACGACAGUGACUGAAGCGCAGACCAAGGCGACUGAAGUGCAGAUGAAUGAGGCACAGCUUGCGAAAGACUCCCAGAGUCAACAUGCGUCUGCCGACCUUGAUGCCAAGUUGGCCGCCCUGGAAAAGCAGCACGAUGACUUCCAGCGCUCAGCUGCUGAGAGGGCUCAAAAGUUGGAGAUGCAGCGCCAAGAGCUUCAGAAGGACCUGGAGCUUGAGCGUGAGCAGCGUGACCGGGCCCGAGCGGAAGCACAUGAGCUGCGAACACAGCUGGCAGAAGCUCGCGCAGAGUUGGAGACGGGCACGCCGGGCACUCGCGGCCAGUUGGCGAUGCUGCAGAAGGAGCGAGAGGAGAUGGAGCGAGAAGCUUUUGCCAAAGAUCAAGAAAUCCAAAGGCAGUCAGCGAAGCUGGAGGAGCUCUCCCAGGCUUUGAAGAGGGAGUCUGAAAAGCUGGCACUGAAGGAACAGCAGAUCAAGGAUUCGGAGAUGCGCCUUCUGCAGGAGCUUGAGCAGGAGCGUGGACGUGGCAGAGCUGCACACAAGUUGCCACUGGCCGAGGACGCCACAGCGCCAGACACACCAAAGGCGUCAAAGGCGUCAAAGGCGAGAGCGGAGAAGGUUCAGGAGCAGCUUCAACCUGAGGCGGAACGCUGCGGGAAGCGGUUGCCGCAGCACCCGGGUGAGGUGGCCACUGUCGCGCAAGUUCAUGGGCUCAUGGCACAAGUCGAGCGCCUGAAUGCCACAGUCGAGCACCUGGCGGCGAAGCGGGAGCCGCAACUGGUUGACCCUGAGGCUGGCCCCUCCACAAGGAGAUGCCAAGCACGCGCAGCACGCGCGGCACGCAGCCCAUUCUGCUUCGACGAAAGCAGCAUACUGCCAGAUGCAACAGAUGCGCCGAGCCCAUCGGGCCGUUUAUCAGACCCGUUUGUACCGAACGUUCCUUCUGACCCAAGAGCUGCAAGCGAGACGCUUCUGUCCGGGCGCCCAGGAGACAUGUGUCGCAGUGCACCACUUCUGUGUGUGAUGUUAUUUUUCUCAGGAGGGAACCGAUGUUUUUGCAAUUUCUUUGCUGCAAUUGCUGGGUCAAGCAAUGUAGCUUAA